CGGAGAUGGCGGAUACACGUUAUGACACCAGUCCGACCCGGCGGACUCGCUCGGAACCCCUCCAGUGGGGGUUAUCUCGCGCUGUGAUUUCUUGAUUAGCAGCGGGUCGACUGGUUGCGGUUAACCGUUGUUAGGUUGUCACUCGAUUGGUAUGCAUGGGCUGGGAUUCGUGCUCAUCGUACCAACCCCCGAGUCCACCUAAUCUUCUCCUACCCCAUCGGCGUGGCGGAGCUGCGAAACCAAUCGAGGAAAAGCGAGAAACACCUAAAUUUACGAUAUUAACUUUCGAGAACUCAAGUUUCUGUCAAUGGAAAUUCAAGUUACUUUCGCUAAACUGUAGCUGCUGUGAUUCUUAUUGGACUUUUGAGAAAUUGGUCAUCUCAACACAGGACUACUAUUAUAAAGCGUCGAAUUCUUCGAGACAAGUGGCGGCCAUUUUUCAGUGGUUGACUCCACUCUGACAACGUGCCACUCGUCGACCCCUCUGUCGUAACUCGUGUAACACGAUGGGCGCACGGAGGUGAGGAGGUUUACAUAAUGACCACCCUAAAUCACCCUUUGCCAUGGAGCAGCGCGAGACGUCGAAUGGAGGGACGGAGAGAGGAGAUAUAUCGAGAGCGGUAGUCUGCACGAAUAUACAUAUCCGCCCCUCCUCGAAAACGGGAGGCAGGGUAAGAGAGAUUGGGGGGUUACAAUUUCCCAUGGAUAAUGGCACUUUGAUUACCCCGUGACGCCGUGCGUCCUGUCAAGUGGCACGCCGAGCCAUAAAUGGCUGACGUGGUAUUAAAAAAAGGAGCAAUAGUCUCACUAUGCGUUACAGGGUGGUCUACUCGAAAUUCAUUC